UGAGAAAGUGGUGAUUCUUAGAGCUCAGUAAAAAUUCAGCGUUGACAGUAGUUUAAAGAAACGGAGCUGUUUACGAAUCUGGAUGGAUUAAAUUGAUGUUCCGUGUGAAUAUCUUAAACGUGUACAAAAAGUUUCUUUCAUGUUGCUGUUGAAAUGUCUCUGUUUCUUGUGAACAGAUAUCUUGGAGAGGAGGAAGAUGAGAGCGUCUCGAAGGAGUCUCGCUCUCAGGCGUUACUGGCUAAACUGCAGAAGAAAGCCAAAGAAAAGCAGAAACAGAGUUUGACAGAGCAAAGAUCUCAUCCACCUGAAGAACAGCCAGAACAGCAGGAUGUCAAAAAGAAAAGAAAAGCUGACAAGGACUGCAGUCAAGAACCUGAACGCUGCAAAAAGAGGAAGUCAGAAGUAGUGUCUCUGUUUGUCUCAGACUCUGAUAACCAGGAUGACCCUGUAAAAAAGAAAAAGAAGGACAAGACAGAUGCAAAUGAGACUCAGAAGAAGAAGAAGAAGAAGGAUCAGCCAGGCAGUUCAGUUGCGGGUCUUGGAAACACUCACUUGGCUGGACAGGAGGACACAGUGGAAGAAGAGGAGGCAGAGGCAGAAACUGACACACCAAAACAAACCACAGGGAAGACUUCUGCUCCAACUGGAUUCACAGUUCUGGGAGGAUUUGAGAACAAACCUGCCCAAAAGGUCCACAGGGUCCUGCCUCAGUGGCUCGCUCAGCCUGAUGUGAUUCACAGAGACAUUAAAAGCCACCUGGCCCCCAUCUCCGACAUCCCAGGACUUUCUGCUCAGCUCGUGAAAAAAUUACAAAAUACUGGAAUUCACCACUUUUUUCCAGUGCAAACAGAGGUCAUCCCUGCCAUCCUGGAGAGCACACAGCAGGGGCUGCUGAUUGGACGAGGCGGCUACAAGCCCAGAGAUAUUUGUGUGUCCGCACCAACAGGCAGUGGCAAGACUCUUGCGUUUGUCAUACCUGUCAUACAGGUGCUGAUGGAGAGGGUGGUGUGUCAAGUCCGGGCUUUGGCUGUGUUGCCCACCAAAGAGCUCGCCCAGCAGGUUUACAAAGUGUUCACAUCAUACGCUGAGGGAACCACUCUGAAAGUGGUGAUGCUGGCUGGUCAGAAGACCUUCGCCGCAGAGCAAGCUUCACUCUCUGAAUGCAGAGGCGGCAUAAGAUGCAGUUUAGCAGACAUCGUCGUGGCUACUCCAGGUCGACUGGUUGAUCACAUCAACAAGAAUUCAGGCUUAUGUCUGGAACACCUCAGGUUUCUUAUUAUUGACGAGGCUGACAGGAUGAUUGACAGCAUGCACCAGUCUUGGCUCAGUCAGGUGGUGAAGGCGGUGUACAGAUCAGGAAGUGGACCAGACGCCAUGUCCAUCUUCAGGCGGACUGAGCCAGCGUAUCUCACAGCAGCAAGUCUGUCUCCGCCUCAGAUGCCGCUACAGAAGCUGCUGUUUUCUGCCACGCUCACACAGAACCCAGAGAAGCUGCAGCAGCUGGGCCUCCACCAGCCCAGACUCUUCAGCUCCAUCACCAGCAGCAGCAGCAACACCACACCAGCAGCCCCCACCCAGAAACAAGACCGGUUUGACUUCCCCCAGGGUCUGACGGAGUAUUAUGUGCCUUGUACAUUAAGCAAAAAACCCCUCCUCAUGCUCCACUUCAUCCUGCGCAUGAAGCUCAACCCCAUCCUCUGUUUCACCAACUCCAGAGAAGCUGCACACAGACUUUACCUGCUGAUGCAGCUUUUUGGUGGAAUUCAGGCUGCUGAGUUCUCCUCCCGACUGUCUCCUGGUGAGAGAAAGAAGACACUGAAGGAUUUUGAACAAGGAAAGAUCCAACUGUUGAUCAGCACAGACGCAGCUGCCAGAGGCAUUGACGUCCAGGGGGUCAAAUGUGUUGUGAAUUAUGAUGCACCCCAGUACAUCAGGACAUAUAUUCACAGGAUUGGACGAACAGCCAGAGCAGGGAAAGCAGGCCUGGCCUUCACCUUUCUGCUAGGAGUACAGGAGAAGAACUUCCUCCAGAUGGUGGUGGAAGCAGGAAGCCCUGGGAUUCAAAAGCAGAUCGUCAAACCCGAGAACCUGAAGGGUAUGGUAGCCCGAUAUGAACAAACGCUGCAGGAGCUGGCUAACAUCAUCAAGGAUGAGAAAGCCAAAUAAUGGAGCACCAUUGACAUUCUCCUCUGAGCUGACAACUGUACCAUCUGAAGAUCACACUGUAUUUUUUCAGCUGUAUUCGAAGUUAUUUUUUGUUGUAAUAAAAAAAUCUAAUGUC